GUUUUUUAUUCCCUGGUUACAUGUAUCUACAUGUUCAUGGAGAUAUUUUCAGCUAAGUGUCUCCGUUUUCAAGUUUGUAUUGUUCACGUAAAUGUCACAUCAGAUUUGUUGUGCGGGCCAUUGUUCAAAUGUCUAUGGCGGGCAGGCAGUGCGCUGAGGUAGUUGAUCACUAAUUCUGUGUCAAACCAGGCAAACCAUUACAGGGAAACAUUUAAGAAUCUUUUUUUUUCAAACUUCAAUUUCUUAAGCAGACAGUAAUCAACUAAUGUUCGUGGGUAAGCAAAAUUUUGCUAGUUCGUGGAGACGUAAUUUCCUAGAUAAGUAAUACUCACUAGGAGAGAUAACACUGCUUGUUUUAAAAAAAAAAGUGUUCGAGGACAUGUAAAUUCGUGUGUAAGAGUGACCCACGAAAUCCACGAACAUCAAUCCCCCACGAACAAUGAUGAUUCCACAGUACAUUGUUCUAUAUUACCGACUGUUAGGCCUUUCUUAGCACACUGAUUUUGACUAUGGAUAACUACGGAUGACUACGUUUACCUGAUCAAGAGAUAGGGUUCACGGCUUGUGUGACCGGUCGACAGGGGGAAUUUACUCUUCCUAGGCAUAUGGUCCCACCUCUGAUAUAUUCAGAGGUCCGUGGUUGCCCAAACUAUCUAUUUUGUAUUGCUUGCAAGAGUUAUGGGAUUUAUCACUGUUCGUUAUCUUCACUGCAAAAAGAAUCUUAUUUCUAUCUAUUGAGAAAGAAAAGUUGAAGAUAACAAACACUGAUUAAUCUCAUAACUCCUAUAAAACAUAAUAUGAUAUAUAUUAAAGGGCAUGGCUGCAGCUUCUCCAUAGCCAUGUUGUAAUAUUCAUUUUUACCUGCAUAUAAUGGGUAUGUCUCUCAAAUGAUUCGAUAUUCAAAAGUAUGUUCUGUAAAUUAUCAAUUUUUCAAUCGAGACAGGCUUCUGACAAACAAGUGGAUGUAAAAUAGGGUUUUAGCAAUCUUCUUUAAAGUUAUAACGAUCUUAUUUAACCAUAUAUCCUGUCAAAAUUGUUGUCUGACUUGUUUCGUAUCCAUUUUUAGGUCGUCCUUUACAAACUAAUUUUGACUACGGAUUAUUCUGUUUACCUGAUCAAGAUAAAGGGCUCAAGGUGGGUAUUAUCGGUCAACAAUGAUGUUUACUUCUCUUGGGCACCUAACCUCACCUCUGGUAUAUACAGGGGCCAGUAUUUACCCAACUCUAAAUUUUAUAUUAUUCAUUGGAUUUAUAAGAUUGUUAUAUAGGAUCUACUUGCUGUCUAAUCAUAUAUUGUAAUAUAUAAUAAAGGAUACGUUUGAAUUUAAAAUUCAUUUGUUAUGUCCAAGUGAUAUUUUUACCUUCUUGUUAUCUUUUCCUUUCGUUAAACUCAUGCAACAUCCGUAUCUUUCAGGAAUCCAAGAAGGUGUUAGAAGAUUAAAGAUGUCUUCAUGUAAAACGUAUACGGUACCAAUUUGGAUGCACCAGAUGCGCAUUUCGACAAAUAAUGUCUCUUCAGUGAUGCUCAACCGAAAUGUUUGAAAUCCGAAAUAACGAUAAACUUGCUAGAGCUAUUAUAGGGAAAAUCAGUGUGCCAAAAAGUGGAGUCCAAUUCGUCUAAGGAUAAGAGCUUUGCAUGUAUCGUAUCUGAUAGGAACAUCUAAAGAAGGCAACACGAUCAAAUUCCUUCACAUGAGGUUUUGCGUAUGCUCGACAUGUAAGGUUGUGUUGUUCGAUCGAGCGAUAGUUUUUCACCAAAAACUGGGAUUGUAGAACUCACAAGACUCAACAUGUGGUAGGAUAUGUUUUGAAAGUACUUCCCUUCAGUGUUAUGCGAAUUUAAAGUGAAUAAAAUUGUAUGUUUGGAACAAUUUAAUUAAAAUACACAACAGUGCCUGAGUGAUUUGACUGUGAACGAUACUCAUCAUGACUGAUAACCAUAGGAAGCGCGCAGCCGAGGAAAGGGACACGAAUAAAGACUCCACAGUUUCCAUAGAUUCAACAUUACAUGAUUUCCGUGUUAGAGACAUAAUGCAAUGUAUCAACAGCAUUCAAAAUACAUUAGCUAAUUUUACGAUGCGGCUGGACGAACAGGGACGAGAUUUAGAUGAUUUGACGAAGGAAGUGAGGAAGAAAAACGGUAUAGAUGAAAGACUGGAAAAUGUGCAGGAGCAGGCAAACGAUACUUUAUACACUAUUUCUGAAUUGCAAGACAGACAGAAAAAUAUGGAACGUGAAAUGAAACGGCUCAGGGAUUAUGUGAUCCGACUGGAAUUCCAGGUGAAAACACAGAACAAUCAGAUAAUAGAGUUAAAGGCCAAAUCCAUGGAAAACAACAUAAUUGUUAGUGGGGUUCCAGAGAGGAAUCAAGGAAAGCAGACCACAGAGAAUCUCCCGGAAACCAUAAGGAAUGUUUUUAUUUCUGAGAUGGAAAUAGAGAGAUCAAUAGCGGACAACCUUGGAGUUUUGAAAGUCUUCCGGUUAGGGGAGUAUCAUCCUCGCAGGAAAUUUCCGAGACCAAAUUGUGUUCAGUUCACUGACAAAUCGCAGAAGGAGGUGGUGAUGAACAGUGUUAAAGUGUUGAAAUCCAAGCGCUCAGCCAUCAGAGUUGCCCAGCAAUUACCAGAGGAGAUGCGGGAAAAAAGGAAACAGCUGUUUGAAAUUCAGAAAAAGUAUUCAGAACGACAGAUAGAGACAAAAGUGAAAGGCGACAAGCUUGUAUUUACACAGAGUAACUCCGUUUAUCGGGACAAGGUGGGAUCCAGACCAACAGCAGACGAAGUGAUCACCCCAGACGAGGUCAAUGUAUCGAUUACAUCAGGGAAGUCAAUUGAAGACAAUGGAAACCGGUUUCUUGCGCACUCCACACCUGUGGAUUCCUUCAAGCCUGUCAGAAAGUCGCUGUUAGAAGUAAUGCGAUUAGACUCCAUUCCAAGUGCCAGUCACAAUAUAUAUGCGUACCGCUUCACGGGUAAUGACGGGAUUUCACACGAGGGUUCAGACGACGACGGUGAACAUGGGGCCGGACGAGCGCUUUUAAUUGCACUAAAAGACAAUGAAAUUGAAAACUCGCUCGUUGUGGUAUCGCGAUGGUUUGGUGGAAAGAUUGGACCCCGUACAUUUACUCACGUUAAAACUGCCGGACUAAGCGCUGUAAAAACACUACAGGCCAGGUAAAGGUGUAAGUGUAAACACACUGUAUCAUUUGACAUUAGUUACCAUUAUAUGAUUGUUUUCCUUUUGUACUGCUCAUUCAUGUAAGCAAAUGCAGAAAUAUAUUAUAUGGUAAUGGUAAUCCACCAUAGUGAUAAUAUGUAUGUGUGUAAGAACUUGCAUUGCAUAUAUUGCAUAUCAAUGUCAUUCAUAUAUGGACGACCUUUUUUCUUCUUUUUUUAUUGUUAUUUUUUUAUGGUAUUUUUUUCUUACUUUUUGUGGUUUGUGUGUAUAUGUGUGCUUUUUUGUUAUUUACUUAUUUAUUCAUUUAUUUAUUUGAUUAUUUUGUUUUUGAAGGUCACAUAAGAAUAUUAUUACUGUAUUAUAAGUAUAUAUUUUAUUUCUAUCCGGGUAGUAUUAUAUUUGACCGGAAACGGUUUUUUGUUCAUAACUAUGAUUAGAUGGGAUGUUGAAUAUUACAAAUGAAACGCGAUUACAAAGUAAGACCUAUUUUUGCUUAGAACUGUCUUAUAUUCGCAUAACAAGAGGUGAAUCAUAUUGCACAGUCCAAUUUUUGACCAAAUUAGAAAUGCUAUACACUGACUUGUUUUGUUCCUUUCUCUAUCGGUUGUAAUGCAGGAAACAGAAAAUUCUGACUAUUCUAUGAUAUAUGAUAAUGUAAAAUAUACUUCUUGAAUGAAUAAUGUAAACCACGGCACAAUAAUUAUUAAUUACAGUUGAAUUUUACUCCAAUUAAGCUACAAAUGAAAUUAUGAACUGUGCAAUGUUGUAUUCUCCACAAAUGUGAACAUUUUUUUUUUAAUGAAGAAGUUGUAUUAUUUCCCCCUAUUAGUAAGUUAUCACGAGUAGUUUUUGGUAUAACUCGCUCCGACUCUUGCAAUCCUCGAGCAUGUUGUUAGGUUCAAUAUUUGUUUUUUUCUUCAAAAGUCUUUUUUCCAAUGUUUUCUGAUUUUUCUAUGUUUUCUGAUUUUUCUAUUCUCUUUUCCUUCCUUAGAGGUACAUAUACAUUGAACAGGACAAAACUCCUGUCUGAACUAGGGCUAUCAUGGAUAAAAACUUAAGUGAAAAAAAUCUUAGAACACUUACAUUAAACUGCCAGGGACUAGGUGACAUAAAUAAAAGAAAAGAUGUUUUCAAAAUUCUCAGAUCAAAAAAUUAUAAUAUUUACUUUUUACAAGACACACUCUGUUCUAAUGAAAAAGAAAAUAUGAUCAAAACACAAUGGGGAUACAAAGCAUUCUUUAGCUCUUACAAAUCAAAUGCAAAGGGAGUAGCGAUACUUGUGAAUAAUAACUUCGACUUUGAAAUCAUUCGUGAAUUUAAGGAUGAUAGCGGUAAUUAUUUAAUGUUAGAUGUUAGGGGUCCGUGUUUGCCCAACUAUCUAUUUUGUAUUGUUUGUAGGAGUUCUGAGAUUGAUCACUGUUCGUUAUCUUCACCUUGCAUUAGUGAGGAUAUACCAUUCUUGUUGAUAAAUUUAUAUGGUCCUAACUCUGACACACCAUGUUUCGAUUCAGAAUUAGUCAAUAAGAUUGUAAAAGAGUACUCAACUCAGCAUAUAGUCAUGGGCGGUGACUUUAAUCUUGUUUUAGAUAAGGAACUAGAUUCACUCCGUUUACCUGAUCAGGAUAUGGGGCUCACGGCGGGUGUGACCGGUCAACAGGGGAUGUUUACUCCUCCUAGGCACCUGAUCCCACCUCUGGUGUGUCCAGGGGUCCGUGUUUGCCCAACUAUCUAUUUUGUAUUGCUUGUAGGAGUUAUGAGAUUGAUCACUGUUCGUUAUCUUCACCUUGCAUUCAAUGAAUUACAAGAAGCACAAUAAUCCAAAGUCCAGUGCUGAAGUUUUGAAAUUGAUAGAUACAUUAAGUCUCAAAGAUAUAUCCCGUGCCAACCAUCCCGACUUAGAAAGAUAUACAUGGAGAAGGAAACAUCCGGUUAAACAGGCUAGACUAGAUUUGUUUUUGAUAUCGGAAUCAUUACAACACAUAGUGCCAAACAUUAAUUAUGAAAACAGUUACCGAUCAGAUCAUUCACCAGUUGUUUUAAAUUGCAAAUUAAAUGAAUUCAGAAAAGGUAAAGGGUUUUGGAAAUUUAAUAACUCAUUAUUAGGGGACAAAGAUUAUGUAAAAAUUAUCAAGAAAAUUAUUUUAGAUGUUAAAAAACAAUAUUCAUUUCUCGUCUAUGACUUAGAAAAUAUAUACCUUAUAGAAUAUGAAAACCUUUACUUCACUAUAACUGACCAACUGUUCUUAGAUACUCUACUGAUGGCAAUUCGGGGUAAAACAAUUUCGUAUGCAUCAUACAUAAAAAAGAAUACUAAUGAGAGGGAAUCUACACUUGAAAGGGAGAUCAAAGAAUUGGAACAGAAUAAUUAUCAGACCUCUGGUGAAGAACUCUCUGAAAAACAGAAACAUAUAUUUAAAGGUCAAUGUUUAAGAUCAAGAAUAAAAUGGAUAGAAGAAGGUGAAAAACCUACAAAAUAUUUCUUAAGUAUGGAAUCUCAGAAACUAUACAAGUAAGCAAAUCCCAAGAGUUGAAAAGGAUGAUGGCUCAAUCGUCACAUCUCAACAGGAAAUCUUAAAUGAAACAAAAUGUUUUUAUGAAAACUUAUAUAAAAAGAGAAAUACUGUCGAGUCAGAAAAUAUAUAUGAAAGAUUAAACCUAUAUGAAUUUCCAAAACUUAGCGAAGAAGAAUCAAACAGCUUAGAAGGUCUAGUAACAAACUCAGAGGUUCCCUCUUUUUAAACGAAUGAAAAAUAACAAAAGUCCAGGACCAGACGUUUUUUAUUGUGAGUUCUUUAAAUUCUUUUUGAAAGAUAUUGGAACCUUUCUAACAAGAGCAAUUAAUAAGUCAUAUGAAGAUCAACAAUUUUCAGAACCAAACAAACUGAGUGUAAUAACAUAAAUUCCAAAGGCAAAUAAGCCAAAACAAUAUUUAAAAAAUUGGUGCCCAAUUAGUUUAUUAAAUGUCAUAUACAAAAUAGGGUCAGGUUGUAUUGCUGAACGAAUCAAAAAAAUUCUAGACAAAAUUAUCAACAAUGAUCAAACAGGAUUUAUAAAAGGCAGAUUUAUAGGUGAAAAUAUCCGACUGAUAUAUGAUCUUCUACAAUACACAGAAACAAAAAAAAAAAAACCAGUCCUGGUUUAUUGAUGCUAAUUGAUUUCGAAAAAGCAUUUGAUACAAUAUCGUGGGAUUUUUUAAAUCAAACACUAGAUAUAUUUAACUUUGGACCUUCAAUCAAAAUAUGGGUAGCAACUUUCUACAAUGGUAUCAAAUCAUGUGUUACACAAAAUGGUAUAAUGUCGGGGGUUCUUUAUCGCAAAAGAGGCUGUCGACAAGGGGACCCAAUAUCACCAUAUUUCUUUAUAGUAUGCACAGAAAUAUUAGGAAUCUUUAUAGGAAAUAAUAAAGAUAUUAAAGGUAUUGUAAUUGAAGGUGAAGAAUAUAAAAUAUCCCAACAUGCUGACGACACCUCUAUAAUUUCAGAUGGGUCACCGGAAUCCAUGGAUGGUAUCUUAAGGGAGCUAGAUUUUUUUGCAAACAUUUCUGGAUUAAAAAUAAAAUUUUCAAAAACAAACAUGGUGUGGCAGAUUAUCAAUUAUCAAAUCAUUACUUAUCCCUAAACUUAACCAUUUAUUACUAACCCUACCCAACUCUGGGCAGGAAUACUUAAAAAAUUGAGAUUGAGCGGUAUAAAUUCUUUUGGGGAGGUAGUACACAUAAAAUUAAAAAAAGACGGUUGUCCAGGAUUAUAGAUUUGGAGGUUUAAAAAUUAUACUGAAUUCAUAGUGUCCUUAAACUCAUCAUGGAUUAGAAGAUUAUUUCAUGCUGAUUCCAAAUGGAUAAACUUCUAGAGUCAACUCUUCAAAUGAAAGUAUCAGAGUUACUGCAAAAAGGGUCUCACUUCAUUUCAAAUAUAUCAAAAAGAAUAAAUAAUGUGUUUUGGAAAGAUGUUUUCUUAAGCUGGGUAAAAAUAAUCAAUAUCAACAGUCAGAUUGACUCUUAUAUUCUAAAUGAACACAUAUGGUUUAAUCCCAAAGUAAAGAUAGAUAAUACAUCCAUCUUCCUAAAAACAUUAUUACAAUGCAGGAUUUGUUUUCAUUAAAGAUCUUUUUGAUAGUGAUGGACAUUUCUUAAGAUUACAAGAUAUGCUUCAGUUAAACAUAAAAACUAACUUUGUUGAAUAUGCUUGACUUAAAAAAAAGCAGUAUUACCCGAGCUUCCUAAUCACUUUGGAAAAAACAUUAAUAGGACCAACCCUCCCAAAAUCUAUCAUGCUCUUCUAUAAAAACGGUAAAGGAUGUACACUAUUCUUUUGCACACAAAAAAGAGACAAUUACUUUUGUAAAAAAUGGACAGAAAAUGAGUACAAUUUUGUUGAAAGUAAUUGGAAUACGAUUUUUGAACUUCCCUUCAAUGUUACACAAGAGUCAAAAUUGCAUUGGCUGCAAUUGCAGAUACUCUAUAGAAUACUCCCUACCAACAAGUAUGUAUUUCAACUGAAAAUUAAAUACUCAAAUGUGCAGCUUUUGUGGUGUUCAUAUCAAAACAUUAGAACAUCUUUUAUUUGAUUGCAUACAAAUAAAGGAGCUAUGGUGUGAUGUUUAACAAUGGAUUUUAGAACAGUGCAAGGUGAAGAUAACGAACAGUGAUCAAUCUCAUAACUCCUACAAGCAAUAAAAAUAGAUAGUUGGGCAAACACGGACCCCUGGACACACCAGAGGUGGGAUCAGGUGCCGAGGAGGAGUAAGCAUCCUCUGUUGACCAGUCACACCCGCCGUGAGCCCCAUAUCAUGAUCAGGUAAAUGGAGUUAUCCGCAGUCAAAUCAGUGUGCCAAGAACGGCUUAACAAUCGGUAUGAAACAUGUCAGACAGCAUUUGACCCAAUGCGAGGUUGUAUUGACGAACUAGAUCGUUAUAACGACCAUAGAAUUUGCGAAAUUUCAUAUCCCUGUAAAUUUUAACAAGCUCACUGUAUUUGGUAAAUACUGUAAUAGACGUAUGUCUAAAGUUCAAAACUUGAUUUUGCUUAUAGUAAAACAAUAUAUUUUUUCUUGCAAAUAUCAAAAGAGUCUGCAAGUGCAUAUAUCUGCGAUUAGAAAAAUAGUUACGGACAGAAUUGUAGUAGAGAAGUACUCGCUGCUACGAAACUGUAGAUAUGAUGAAUAUGAAACUCACUGGCAGAGAAUAUGUGAAAAUGUAUGUUAGUGAUUAGGUCUAUAUGUACUUUCUCAUCAAAUAGGUUUAUGUUUCUUUUUUUGUGUUUGAUCAAUAUAUAUAUUAUAUCUAGAUCUAUUAUACUUAUCAAAAUCUGUUACCAAGAAAAUAAUACUUCUCUCUCUCUCUCCCCCCCCCUCUCUCUCUCUCUCUCUCUCCUAAAAAAGAUUUUUACAUCAUGCAUAUACUUACAUAAAAGAAUAAGGUAAAUAUAAAUGUAGACAGUAUUUGAGUUAAUGUUAUUGAAUUUAACAUGUUGUGAAAAUAUCCAUGUAACCUAUCUCCCAUGUGUAUGCAACAAUGCAUGUGUGAAGUGAAAAUUUUGUAAAUAAAAAAAUUAUAAAAAAAAAAUCAUUCACAUAACUUGUUUCUUAUUAAAGGGACUGAUUCACGAUUUUUCCUCAAAUUUUGUUUUUCACUUUAAAUGACCAAAAUCUAGAGUCUAAUAUGUUUAGAAGGUUUCACAAAAAAAUUAAGAUUAUUCCUCAUGACAUUAGCUCAUUAUAGAGAGUUUAUUAUUUGUUUUGAAAACAAAGAUUGAGGUGUGUUAUUGUUUACGGGGUUUUCAAAAUAAAUGAAUAUUGAUUCAAGUUUAAUAAAUAUGCCACAUCUCAAGUAUACUUUAGGUAAAAUGUGUCAUUUAAAUGUUAAAACUUGUGAUUGUACAAAAUGAACAUGCUUUAAAUUACAAAAUUAACGUUUCACUGGUUUGUUUGUUUACAUAAAAAGACUCGAGUCUUUGUUUACAUAACAGAGAAUCAAAGCUAUAAUAUUGCUUUUAUCCUUGCAUUCAGACGGUCCAAAUUUUGGUUGUCAACAUUAAAUGCGGUAUAUUUUUAAUUUUUAACAUCAAAAUUGAAAAACAUUUUUUUUCGAAAAACGUGAACCAGUCCCUUUAAUGGAUAAUUUUGUGAAUAUAGAAAAAAAUAAAUAAUGAAAACCGGGAAACAUGAUAUAUGGCCAAAUAUUGGGAAACUGGUUUCUAAAAGUAUAUGUACAUGCAUACAUGCGAUGAAAAUAAAAUAAAGAUGAUGCCAGAACUGCACCAUUACAUUAGGAUGUAUGGUCUUCAUAACAGCGAGGUGUUAUUUGUGAUAAGUGAUUGAGAAAGAAAUUAAAUUUCAAAAUGAAAUUCCAGGAAUCGGUUACUAUUCCUCUUGAGAUUUCAGACUUUGGGAACAAUAAUAGAGGAAUGAACCAUUCAAUUUAAUGAACCAUAUAUCAGUAGAACUAUAUUUGUCAAACAUAAAAUGUAAUUCUAAUGUAUCUUUAAAAAUAUCACACAAAUUAAAAUAUUCAAUUUGUAAAUAGGUUAAUUAAUUUUUGAUUUUGCAAAUGCCC